UGUCUACUUCGCGCCGCCUCCGGAGGCGGUUGUCUGCUCCCUGAGGCGUUUGCGGCGGUGGCGGUCUCCUACCAUGGCGGGGAGACGGGCGUAGGGAGCCCGUGUCCUCCAUCGCCGCAUUGGGGACGUGAUCCCCUGGUGUCUCCUGAUGCCCGCAAAGGUCAGACGCCCUCUCCGGAGCCUGAGCGGUGCGUCUAUAGGCAGGUGGUCUGCAGACCUCAUGUGGCUCCUGGACCUCUGCGUGUUAGAGAGACGAGCACGCACAUCUCUGUGAGCUGCGGUGGGGCGGCGGCGGCGCCCUGGUCGAGUUAGGAUUUAAAUACCCUGGACACCAUGACACUGAGACUCUUAGAAGACUGGUGCAGGGGGAUGGACAUGAACCCUCGGAAGGCACUGUUGGUUGCCGGCAUCCCUCCGACCUGCGGAGUGGCAGACAUCGAGGAGGCCCUGCAGGCUGGCCUUGCUCCCUUAGGGGAGCACAGACUGCUUGGGAGGAUGUUUAGGAGGGAUGAGAACAAGAAUGUAGCCUUGGUUGGGCUCACAGUAGAGACCGGCAGUGCCCUAGUCCCCAAGGAGAUACCUGCAAAAGGAGGUGUCUGGAGAGUGAUCUUUAAGCCUCCAGAUGCUGAUAGUGACUUUUUAUGCAGAUUAAAUGAGUUUUUAAAGGGAGAGGGCAUGACAAUGGGUGAAUUAACCAGAGUUCUUGGGAAUCGGAAUGAUCCUCUCUGCCUAGACCAGAAUGUGAUAAUCCCUGAAAUUCGAGCACCCAUGUUAGCACAGGCAUUAGAUGAGGCUCUUAAGCCUACCCUGCAGUAUCUGAGGUACAAAAAGCUGAGUGUGUUCUCAGGCAGGGAUCCUCCGGGACCAGGUGAGGAAGAAUUUGAAUCUUGGAUGUUUCAUACUUCCCAAGUAAUGAAAACAUGGCAGGUGUCAGAUGUAGAGAAAAGAAGGCGGUUGAUAGAGAGCCUUAGAGGCCCAGCAUUCGAAAUUAUUCGAGUCCUCAAGAUAAACAACCCGUUCAUUACCGUUGCAGAAUGCCUGAAGACGCUUGAGACAAUAUUUGGGAUUAUUGAUAAUCCUAGGGCCUUGCAGGUCAGAUACCUUACUACUUACCAGAAGAGUGGUGAAAAGCUCUCUGCCUAUGUUCUGAGGUUGGAGCCUUUGUUACAGAAGCUGGUGCAGAAAGGAGCGAUUGAGAAAGAAGUUGUGAAUCAGGCCCGACUAGACCAAGUCAUUGCUGGGGCAAUCCACAAGUCAGUUCGAAGAGAGCUUGGACUGCCAGAAGGUAGCCCUGCCCCAGGCUUAUUGCAGUUGCUGACACUGAUAAAAGAUAAGGAGGCAGCAGAGGAAGAGGUCCUUCUUCAGGCCGAAUUAGAAGGACAUUUCACUUGACCCAAGACCAGCAAGGCUGUCAUGAGCAGAACAUGAUGGAGGAGCUCAUUGAAGUGAUCAGCCCAUCCCCACUUUGUGCUGCCAAAGUAACUUGCCCUUUGUCGUGUUGUUCACCCCACUGAAUGUCUCCCCAGUGUUUUACUGAUACAAAUGAUGUCAUUCUACACUGGUAAUUAUUUAAAUCAAAAGGCCAUCUAGUACAGUGUUCUGCAAAGCCGGAGUUUAUAUGCAUGUUUAAUAGUCUUAUGUGAUGGUGCUGUCCGUUAAAAAUAAUUUUCAGGUGUUGCCCACAUUUAUGCUGAAGACCCUGAGCCAAGGCUAGCUACGUUAUUUAAAGUUUCUUUAUUAUAAAUCAGUUAUUGAUUCUGUGCAAUCAAAAAUCAUAACUGAGUGCUGUGGUCAAUUCUACAACUAUCUUUAGGUUUGUGAUAUAUCUGAUGUGUUGCCAAAGGGUCUGCUUCUAAAUGUCAUUUUCUUAGAGUCAUAGUAUAAAUAAAGAAAUGCUAAUAAUAAAAUGUUUGAUCUUUGUA